AUGCGGCGGCUGUCUUUGGCGGCAACGCCCUCGCGGCGGAAGCAGCAGCAGAAGAAGCGACUACCGCAGCAGCAACUGCAGCAAUUGCAGCAACAAGAGCGCGUACGUGUGCGGUCCUCGUGCAGCAAGUCCACGAACAAGUCGAUGGACAGUCAGCGCUCGACGUGUGGCAACUUGAGUAUGCUCUCGUCCGUGUCGGCGUCGCAGUCGUCGGACUCGCUCACGUCGCUGUCGACCGCUACGAGUUCCUGCAGCGGCGUGAUGGGCGACUAUGACGAUGAUGCCGACGAGCAACUGGAAGCGAGCGAGUGCUGUGAACAGGGAUGGAUGUACUGGAAAAAGAGCGACGACUGCUGGCUCAAAAUGUACGCGCGACUGCGCAACGAGGUGCUGUGGCUCUCGAAAGGGCCGGUGGGCAAUGCUAUGGCGGUGGUUCAGAUUGCGGUUGCUGGGGUGCGCGCGACAGACAUUGGCGGCAUCAUCGCGCGAGGCCCUGCCGGCGAGAGCAUGGAGCUCUUUGCCUACGACCGCGAGCGAACGGACGACUGGGUCGAUGCACUGUUUGUUGCUGCUCAGCUCACGCAGUCGUACGAGCGCUCGGUAGCGACCGAGGGAUCGUUGAUCCAUGUCUCCUCGCGCCGAGGAGUCAAGGGGCUGGACCAAGUGUACUCGGGAACGCUCGUCACGUACAACAAGGAGCAGGAAAAGUCGCCGUGGAAGCAGCGGCUGCGCAAUACGUGUCGACGACAACUGGAGAAGUUUGUCGACCGCCUAGACACGACCAAGCGGUAA